GUCGAAAAGAGUUCUAAUACCUCCCUUCGGCCUUCAACCUUAACCUUGCCACUGGCGUGGGCGAUGCAGAAGAAACGAAAGAGCGGGAGGAAACUGAAACUCCAAGAGGAAUAAAGAAAGCAGAAACGAAUGGAAUGAAGAUUUCAAAUUCAACUUCGGUAGUAAUCACAUUUUCUUGGAAAAUCUACAGACGCCGCUACUCAAACAAUCCAAACCUCACAACCCUUUUCAACAAGUACGUGGAUAAAACCAAUGUCUUCUCCUGGAACUCGGUCAUUGCCGAGUUAGCUCGCAGCGGCGACUCGGUUGAAGCUCUUCGGGCCUUCUCCUCCAUGCGCAAGCUCUCUCUCAAACCAAACCGCUCGACUUUUCCCUGCGCCAUCAAAUCGUGUUCGGCGUUGCUCGAUCUCCACUCCGGCAGACAGGCCCACCAGCAAGCCUUGAUUUUCGGGUUCGAACCUGAUCUUUUUGUGUCCUCCGCUCUCGUGGAUAUGUAUUCCAAGUGUGGUGAAUUGAGGGAUGCAAGAACACUGUUUGAUGAAAUUUCUCAUAGAAAUAUAGUGUCGUGGACGUCGAUGAUCACGGGCUACGUGCAAAACGAUGAUGCCCACAGGGCGUUGUUGCUUUUUAAGGAGUUUUUGGUUGAGGAGAGUGGGAGUGAAGGAGAUGGGGAAGUUUGUGUCGAUCCAAUUGCUAUGGUUUCAGUCCUAUCAGCUUGUUCUCGUGUUUCGGAGAAGAGUAUUACAGAAGGGGUUCACGGGUUUUUGAUAAAAAGAGGGUUUGAGGGGGAUUUGGGUGUUGAGAAUACUUUGAUGGAUGCAUAUGCAAAAUGCGGCGAGCUGGGUGUAUCAAGGAGGGUGUUUGAUGGGAUGGCUGAGAGGGAUGUGAUCUCUUGGAAUUCAAUCAUUGCAGUUUAUGCACAAAAUGGAAUGUCAACUGAGUCUAUGGAGAUCUUUCAUAGGAUGGUGAAGGAUGGAGAAAUCAACUACAAUGCUGUCACUUUGUCAGCUGUGUUGUUGGCCUGUGCGCAUUCAGGGUCUCAGCGACUAGGAAAGUGUAUCCAUGAUCAGGUUAUAAAGAUGGGUUUAGAAUCGAAUGUAUUUGUGGGCACAUCAAUAAUUGACAUGUACUGCAAAUGUGGGAAAGUAGAGAUGGCAAGGAAAGCAUUUGAUCGCAUGAGGGAGAAGAAUGUCAAGUCAUGGAGUGCAAUGGUUGCAGGGUAUGGAAUGCAUGGCCAUGCUAAGGAAGCUUUGGAAGUUUUCUAUGAGAUGAACAUGGCUGGGGUGAAACCAAAUUACAUUACAUUUGUAUCAGUUCUAGCAGCAUGCAGUCAUGCUGGUCUGUUGGAAGAAGGAUGGCAUUGGUUUAAAGCCAUGAGCCAUGAAUUUGAUGUAGAACCAGGGGUUGAGCACUAUGGUUGCAUGGUCGAUCUUCUUGGACGUGCUGGAUAUCUCAAAGAAGCUUUUGAUUUGAUCAAGGGUAUGAAGUUGAGACCUGAUUUUGUGGUCUGGGGUGCUCUUCUAGGUGCCUGUAGGAUGCACAAAAAUGUGGACCUUGGGGAGAUUUCUGCAAGGAAAUUGUUUGAGUUGGACCCAAAAAAUUGUGGGUACUAUGUAUUGCUCUCAAACAUAUACGCUGAUGCUGGAAGGUGGGAAGAUGUGGAGAGGAUGAGAAUCUUAAUGAAGAAUAGUGGACUGGUUAAACCACCUGGAUUCAGUUUGGUUGACAUAAAAGGUAGAGUUCAUGUAUUUUUGGUUGGAGAUAGAGAGCAUCCUCAACAUGAGAAGAUAUAUGAAUAUCUGGAGAAACUAUCUAUGAAGCUGCAAGAAGUCGGCUAUGUACCUGAUAUGACAUCAGUUCUUCAUGAUGUUGGUCAUGAAGAAAAGGAAAUGGUUCUUCGAGUUCACAGUGAGAAGUUGGCUGUUGCCUUUGGAAUCAUGAACACAGUUCCUGGAACAACAAUCCAUAUCAUUAAGAAUCUUAGGGUUUGUGGUGAUUGUCAUACUGCAAUUAAGUUUAUUUCCAAGAUUGUUGACCGGGAAAUCGUGGUCAGAGAUUCUAAGCGGUUUCAUCAUUUUAGAGAUGGAUUGUGUUCAUGUGGGGAUUAUUGGUAAUAUUUGAACAAGCAAAAAAUUUAAUAGCAUGUUAACUGCAAGCUAGUGCUUGUUUCGUACUUGAUCAACAAUGUGCCAUUGGCAGGGUAGCUAUACCAAAAGAUGGCUCCAUGGCCAUUUUUGGGUACUGAAGUCUAUUUAUAUCAGAAAAGCAUUCAAACAGGAAACAAUUCAGAUGCUCAAUUAAAUAGGUGCAGUAGGAAGAGAACAACUCUGCUAGAAGCUUGAUUUUGAAGGGAAUUGGUUAUACUAUUUUGCUUGCAAGUUUGGGUUGAGGAUGAAAAUGCAAUAAUAAGGAAAUUCAUACUGAAUGGGAAAGAGAAGAAAUACUUCUAGGUAAAGAUAGGACUUGGACCACAAGGCUAGACAAUCUUAAAGCUAUCUGAAAUACAAAGUAGAGUGGCUUUACCAGUGGUCUUACAAACAUAUAUGCUAAAAAAGGAUAUGAAGAAAAGAAACAUUCCUGGUGCCAAUGAUGGAGAGUCAAAUAAUGAAAAACCCCCUUUGAAGAUCUUGCAGAAAGAAGUCCUUUCAGUUUUGAUAUCUGAGAUUGGAUUUAUUUCCCACCAAUCAGUAUGCUAGAAAGGAGGAAUUUGCUACUUUUCCAAUCCAUGUUAAAUCAUGACGAACUUUCUCUGAAGAACUUACUGAGCACUAGUCCUUUCAGUUUUGAUAGGCGAGAUCGGUUGUGCUUCACAUCAACUUUUGAGCAUCUGAGACAACUCUGGAGGGCCCUGUUCUCACUCUUCAACCGUUCCAGCUCGAACCGAAGCUCUUUAAUGGUUUCUCUAUUUUCAUCAUUUCUUCUUAUCAACUCUGCUUGCUGCUGCAGAUUUUCUUCUAUAAGCUUCAUAACUUGAAACCUCAGUUCCAACCAUGUAUUCUCUUGCUCAGGACCACAUGCUGGGAACUCUCCAACUGCAAUCUUGCUUAAUUCAUAGCCAUCCUUCUUCCUAGGAAUAUCUCCUUUAUCAGAUAAAUCAGUGGCUGUACCAUUCAUUUUAUCUGUGUUUCCAGACUUUUUAUCAGAAUCCAAGGGUUCAAAAUCAAGGUUAAGGUUGUCACAUUCAACAACAGAUUCAGGAUGCAAAUGGAAGGCCUCCCAUUUAGAAUAAUCAAAGCUUACAACAUUUUUGUUACCAUGGUGGACUUCUGUUGAGUUUGAAGAAGAAGAUGAAAACUCUGAGGUCUGGACAUGAGUUGAUUCGGACCACAACUGGUCAUAUUUCUCAGCUAAAUAGUGGUAAGCUCUGUUGAAUUCUUCAACCAUUUGUUUAAGUUUCGGUUUCCUCCUGUAAUACAUCUUCGCAUUCUUGGCUAAAGAAUCACCAUCAUCUUCUAUCAGUGUCAGCAUUGCCUUUGUUUUC